AUGAGGAGGGGCUGCCGCCUCUUCCCGCUCCUGCUCCUGGCGCUGCUGCGCGGGCUGUGUCACGGCAGGGAACCGGCGCCGGGCGCUGUUACCUGCGGAUCGGUGCUGAAGCUGCUCAACACCCGCCACAGCGUGCGGCUCCACUCGCACGAGGUCAAGUACGGCUCUGGAAGUGGCCAACAGUCAGUGACAGGAGUUGAAGCUUCAGAUGAUGCUAACAGUUACUGGCGGAUUCGUGGGAAGAGCGAUGGCAGUUGCCAACGCGGAACACCAGUGAAAUGUGGGCAAGCUAUACGACUUACCCAUGUUAACACAGGAAAAAAUUUACACACUCAUCACUUCCCAUCACCACUCUCCAGUAACCAAGAAGUAAGUGCCUUUGGUGAUGAUGGCGAAGGAGAUGACCUCGAUAUAUGGAUUGUGCAAUGCAGUGGGACUUACUGGGAGCGGGAGGAUGCAGUGCGCUUCAAGCACGUAGGAACUGAGGUGUUCCUUUCAAUAACAGGGGAACAGUAUGGCCAUCCCAUUAGAGGCCAACGGGAAGUUCAUGGCAUGCCUACUGCUAAUCAUCACAACUAUUGGAAAGCAAUGGAGGGAGUCUUCAUCAAACCCAGUAUGGACCCUGCAAAACAUGAUGAGCUCUGAGUUGACAGAGGAUCCAAAAUGCUUCAGCUUACUCCAAUGUUUGGAGAUGCUAAUCCUUGGUCUCUUACAAGUGCCGCCUUGCCUAAGUGACUGACUUUCUGUAUUACUGAAGGGCAUUAGUUCAUUCUAGGAAUGCAGCACUUCUGUGGGGAAUGGCAUCUGCCAGGUUCAACCAUUGAAAUUUAUUUGGCGAAAUCCGUUCUGAAUUUCAAGCUUAAUUGGUGAAACUAAUUCAUACAUCUGUUAGGUUUUGUUGUCGUUUGUUUUGCACUGUUACUUUUUCUCAGAUUCGAAGGAAAUGGAAAAACUGAAGUAAUACAUUGCUGUAGUCACAAGUACAAUAAAACUUUGUAUUUUGUAAUCUUUUUCCAAUUAUAAUUAAAUAUUUGGAAACUGAUUCCUGCUUCUUAGUGAGAGAAUGUUAUUAAUGAGGAGACGGAGUAAGUCUAGAAAGGGAAAAAUAGUUCUCAAAUAUGGUGUCUUUUGAAUGGCUUGAAGUCAGCUAUUCAGCCUUCUAGAAAAAAAAUGUGGUCCAUUUGAAAAUUGCUUCCAAUGUCUUUCAUGAGUUUCAUUGUGUAUGGUAUUGGAAGAGUUGAAAAUAUUGUGUAUGUUGGAAUAAGACGACAAAGUUUUAAUUUAUUCACUUUCUCCAAGAAGUUCAGAUUUUCUGGUAAUGGUGAUACUGCUAAUUGUCAAAUGGUAAGACUGCUCUGCUCUAUGAACUGGUGCAGAAAGCUACUGUUUGUUUAAUUAAUAUUAGAAUAUUAUAAAAUUCCAUGUGGUGCGAAGGAACAGUUGAAUUUGACUUAAGUUGUACUUGCAUGUCACUCUGCAAGAUCAGUAUGAGAAUCCAGAUGAAUAAAUAGUGGGACAUAUACCCACUUGGGGUUUUUUUGUGUGAAUCCAGAAGAAGAGAAAAAAGAAUCUUAGACAAUGGUUUGGUCCUGGAUUUUUGAUAGAAUGGUAUGCUCUGGAGUGCUAGCAAGGAAUCUUCAUUGAACAAGUUACGAACUUCUGUUCCUCUCCCUCUGUGAAAAGAGAAAAAAAAUAAUUCUUGAAUGUGUUUGUUACACGGUGUUACUGGAAAUACUGAUUAAAAUUCAAAGUACCAUACAUUUCUACUUGCUUU